AUGGUCACCUCUCCAACGCUGGACAGAAUGACAGAAAGGUACACCAGUGAAGGGCUUAUGAGCGUGGAUCCAACCAUAACAUCCCAGGGGAUGGACCCCACGACAGUGAAUGGAACUGACGAGUCCUUAGUACAGACUUGUUAUGAGACUUUGAUCCCAGACUUCCUGAUCAUCAUCAUUGGCCUGGUAGGCCUGCCAGGAAAUGCAGUUGUCAUCUAUCUCCUGGGAUGUCGCAUGCGCAGGAACACCAUUUCAGUCUACAUCCUCAACCUGGCUGCAUCCGACUUCCUCGUCCUCUGCUGCCACUGUUUUGGUUCCCUGCUUAUUGUCAUCAGGCCCUUCCAUCACCUCUAUAUAGGUAUUAGUUUCAUCCUAAUCAACAUAGCACUUAUUCCGUACAUCGCAGGUCUGAGCACACUCAGUGCCAUUAGCAUGGAGCGCUGCCUCUCUGUCCUGUGGCCCAUCUGGUACCGCUGCCACCGUCCCAGACAUAUGUCAGCUAUUGUGUGUACCCUACUAUGGGCCCUAUCCCUGCUGCUUAACAUCCUGGAAUGGAACUACUCUGGCUUCCUGUAUGAGUUUUUUAGUAGUAUUUGGUGGAAAAAUUUUGAUUUCAUCGUAACUGCAUGGCUGAUUUUUUUAUUUCUAACUCUAUCUGGGUCCAGCCUAACCCUGGUAGUCAGAAUCCUCUGUGGUUCCCGACGGAUGCCGGUAACCAGGCUGUAUGUGACCAUCCUAUUCACAGUCCUGGUCUUCCUCAUCUGUGCCCUGCCCUUUGGGCUUUUCUGGUUCCUGUUACUCUGGCUUCCGAUCACUCUUCCUGACUUCUCUUGCUAUUUUUAUAUAGCUACAACUGUCCUGUCCUGUGUUAACAGCUGCGCCAACCCCAUCAUUUACUUCUUCAUUGGCUCCUUCAGGCAGCAGCAUCAGACCCUCAAGCUGGUUCUUCAGAGGGCUCUGCAGGAUUCCUAUCAUGAGAAUGAAGGUGAAGACAGACAUGUCCAGGAAACCCUAGAAAUGUCAGGAAGCGGAGUGGCUUAG